GCCCAGUGGCGCAUCUCACACACACCCAGGCGCUCUUUACACAUUCCCCCUCCGUUGCUCCCGCUUCUCCCCUCAUUUCUCUCCUCAGUUUCUUCGCCCCUCUCUUCCCACAGAGCUCAGUACAAUGUCUGUAACACUCGAGUCCAUCUCACUCUCUAACCCUAACCCUAAUCCUAGCCCUACCACCGGUUCUCCCUUGAGGAUAACACCUUAUCACCCAUCAUCACAAUCAUCAUCAUCUCUGCGCUUCGCUUCUCUCCUCGGGCCUCGGCCUCGACCUCAUGGAGUCUCCGCUGUGGCUCGCACCCUUUCUCCCAUAGGUCUCGGCCAUGGUUUGGUCCCACUCACUCGUCGGACUUCGUGCAACCGUUUGGUGCUGGCAUCUGCAGCUUCUCGGGAGGAUUCGUCAAAGAUUGAAGUGGAGAAGGAAAAUAAUAAUGUUGGAGCAGGAGCUGAAGCAUCAGAGGAAGAAUGGCAGAAGACACUAGCUUCUUUAAAAGAACAAGCUUUGAAGAUGCAGUCUGUGUCACAAGAAGCAUAUGAGAUAUACUCUGAAAGAGCAAAAGUCAUUUUAAUUGAAACUUCAAAGCAGUUGAAAGCUCAAGCAGACAAGGCUAGCCAAGAUUUGAAUGAGCUUGCAAAAGUAUUUGGUGAAGAUGGUAAAGAAUAUCUGUCUUUAGCAGCAGAGAAUUCCCCUGUCCCACUGAAGGAUGUUGUGGAAACAUUUACUUCCCCAAGUGAUGAUCUGGAUAAAAUUUCUAAAGUUCGUGACUUUUACCUUGGGAUACCAUAUGGUGUGGCUCUUUCUGUUGGAGGCUUACUUUCCUUCAUGCUAACUGGAAGCAUUCCUGCCGUUAGGUUUGGUGUUAUACUAGGUGGUGCUCUUUUGGCAUUAAGCAUCUCAAGUUUGAGAGCAUGGAAAAAGGGGGAAUCACUUGCUCUAGCUUUGAAGGGGCAGACAGCUAUAGCAGGUAUUAUUUUUCUGAGGGAGAUAUGCUUACUGUCACUGAAACCAUCAUUUUCUACUCGCUUGGCAACCAUCAUCAGUGGUGCAAUGGUGGCAUUUUAUUUGUAUAGGAUCAUGUUGGAUGGUGCUCUGAUAAAAGGGUCGAACGGGGAAGAUGGGAAGGAAAAUUAGUGCAUCUGUGCAAGGUAGAAGGCUAAUCGGGCUGCUAUUUCUCUUAAAAAGCUUGAAGAUUUCAAAAGGUAAACAUGCAUGAGGCGGUUGGGAGGGUGCUGAAUCCGAGUUUUUGUGAAGUUUCGUUUGUGUAAUGUUGAUCCGUAGUUACAGAAUAAUAUGGUGAACAUUCUCCCGAUGUGGGAGGUGAUAAAUGAGGCGGUUGCCAUUUUCAGUGGAUAAAAAUGGUGUUUGGUUUUUUUGGA